AUGCUCAAACUGUUUUGGAAAAGGAUGGACGAGGCGGCGGAGGGAGUAGGAGUGGGAGGGGGUGCCGGACACAAGGAAGGAGGCGAGGGGGUGCCACGCGUCGUGGUUGAGUACUGCUACGAGGAGGAGGAGGAGAUCGAGGAGGAUACAUCGAGGCAAGCUCAGCACGGGGUGAGCGGCCCGGGCGGCAAUGCGGACGAGCAGGAGGGCUCGAGCUCGGAAUCGAGCUCCGGCUUGAGCUCGAGCGAUGAGUCGAUCGAGCAUGACGGCGAGGGUUUAGGGUUACAUCCAGGCUGGACGGAGCGUACGGAGAAGCACGGAGUGGCGCUCAGGGAGCGGGUGGACGAGCAGCAGGCGACGGGGGACGAUUGGGAUGUCAAAGAGCAGGAGGGCGGAGCGGCUGGGCAGGAUUUUGGGACAGGAGUGCAGCAGCAGGAGGGCGGGGCGGCUGCGCAGGAGGGCGGGGCGGCUGCGCAGGAGGGUGGGGUCGGAGGGCAGCAGCAGGAGGGCAUGGUGGCUGCGCAGGAGGGUGGAGCGGGAGGGCAGGAGCAGGAGGGCGGGGAGGCUGCGCAGGAGCGACUCGUCGCAGUAAGAUGGAGACACCGCACAGCCAGUGGCAGCGGACAGGCGGGCCCUUCGACGGCAGGCCAUUCGACGUCGGCCAUUGCAUCCAGAGACCAGGUCAUCAAGCUACUGCGGAGGGUCGCGGAGGUCGAGGCGUCGCAGAAGAAGCUCGUCGCCGACGUAUUUGCGAAGCACAGUGAGCAAGCCGCUGUUUUCAACAAGCUUGCUGGGGAUUUUUGGACGGCCUCGAAUAUGAUUUCAGAGUCGUCGAAGAGCACGCUGAAGCAGUGUAGCGAUGCCGUAAAAGGUGUCACGGAGGAGAGGAAGCUGUUGGAAGGGGCACGCUCGAAGCUCGACGAGAUGAGCGGGAAAAUCAUCGAGGGGGUGGCAGCCGCUAUCACAAAAGCGAGCGAGGACGCCGUCGAGAAGCAGCUCAAGCUUGUCGAGGAGCAGCUGGUUGCUUCGGUCGUGAAGGGUAUUGAGAAAGCCAUCAAGGAGGACUUGUUCUACUCCACCCUCCCGCCCGAGAGCAUGAAGGAGCUGAAGGACGUUGUGAGAGAAAGCUACCAAGAAGCUAAAGCUAGCAGAUUGGAAGUCCUCACCGAAGCGAUGGCGAGAGGGUUUCGGGGCUCGGCGGGCCCGUCGACGAGGUCGCGUCAGGAGGAGGGGGUGGCUGGUGUUCACAGCGGGGUUGAGCGUCGAGUUCAUGAGCGCUCGGUUCCUCCUUGUUCUUCGGUGGAAGGACAUGUCGGCAGCCCGGUAGCAUCCCCACCGUCGCGUGCCCGUCAAACCGUCAGCAAGUCCGUCAAGGACAAGGAUGUCAUCGUACUCAACCAAUCGCCCCAUCAGCAGACCUCCGAAGCGGCACCGAAGCCUCCGCCUGAUGCUUUUGCUCCGCUACGGGACAUGCUGCAGGGCCUCGGGAAAAAGGGUGGGAAAGGAGUGGUUGUGGGGGAGAAAAGUGGUGCCCCAAUCGGCCAGGUUGCCUCAGCCGGGAAAGGAGCCGUGGAAAGCGAGGUGCCCCUACCCCGUCCGGCGGCGCUGCGGGGAAAGGAGCGGGGGAGAAACGGGGCUGUGACAAAGUCGACGAAGCGGGCUGCAGAGGCAACAGAGAGCAGUGACGUCGAGAAGGCGUCUACCGUCGUUGCUGCUCGACACGAAAAGUCGAAAAAGCCCAAGGUGAUCGGCUACGCCCCACCUCCUCUGCCGGACGACCAAGGCAAGACGAGAGGCUGCAAAGCUCCCUUCAAAGGACCGGGCAUGAUGUCGCGCAAGGGGAAGCCGGUUUCCGAGCAGACCGUAGGCUCGAGGAAGCGGUUCCUGGGCACUUUUGAAACGGAGGCGGACCAGAAGUUUUGUACGGCCAUCUGCUGGCGCGUGUACUUCCCCGACAUAGACCUCAAGGAGUACGAGGGGUUCACGGCGCAGGAUGAGAAGGACUGGAAGGCCUAUCUCGAUGCAGCAGCGCGUAUGCCCACCGGCGUUUGGAGCGUUGCGCAAGAACAAGGGGAAUGUCGUUUCGACGAGUGA